AUGACUCAGGAUGCAGUAGUGAACAUCUCAGACAAUAGCGCUCCUAUCAUUCUUAUCAAUAACAAUAAAACAUAUGCACAUCUUAUAAAGCUUUACCCAUCCAAUUCACCCACAGAUCGGUACAGGGGACCACAAACAGAAUGCUACAGGAGUCACAAUGUUCGAGAAUCGCCUCACUGGCCUUCCCCAGCACAUCAGUACAAUGGGCUUGAGUCUUCCCCUGGAUACCAAGGGCCUAUCCUCGAUUUCGAGCGCCAGUCAUUCAUCCAGCCAGAACCAUUCUUUGAUGAUGAGAAUCCAUUUAUAGAUUCUGCUGAUCCAGGAUCGCAAGAAAGCAGCACCCUCUUGCCGUCUCGUGGAAAACAGGCCGUGACAAAUGGGGAAUACCUUCUACUUGCCAGAAUAUAUUCUCGCUUGAAGGCAGCUCCUGAAGGAAGCGGAAUUUUGAGAAAGCCUUGUAAGGGAGUUGGACGUGGUGGAAAGGUGAAAGAGAUGGAUCCAAAGAUUCGAAGCCAUCUCAAGGACUAUAUCGCUGAGCCAAACAAGGCUGGCGUUCCAAACUCUGUGGCCAAGGCGAAUAAUAACAAGGGAAAAGCACGAGAUAAAAGUAUCAAACUCGACCGUGAAUCGUUACCUUAA